UCAGCCCACAUUGUGCAGUUGCUCGAUCGACGAAUUACAAAUUCAAUCGAAAAAAUAGCCGGAGCUCCGGCACCGCAUAGAAGCUUUAACCGUGGCUCCCCCCGCUUCUCCGCAGCACCAACACAGUAACCUCACCCGCAGGAAGUCCGCCCCGGCGUCCGCCUUCUCCGCCGCAUCUUCGUCGGGUUCGACACGAAUAGUCUAUCGGGAGUCCGUUGGCCGAUCCUCCGAUCCGGAUCUGAGCCUGCCAUUUUGGCAGAAGACUUGGUUCAUCGUACUGUUGCUAGUGAUGGCCGUCUCCUUUUUCGGUCUCGCGAUAUUCCUGCUUCUGACGCUCGACUCCGAUUAUGGUUCAACACCGGUUUCCGCCGCCUCCGAGGGCGUUCAGAUAUCAUAUGGUUCAGUCAUCAAGCUGAUGCAUGAGAAGACAAAAUUCAGACUGCACUCUCAUGAUGUUCCUUACGGCUCAGGCAGUGGGCAGCAGUCUGUUACUGGUUUUCCUAAUGUUGAUGAUGCCAAUAGCUACUGGAUUGUCAGGCCAGUACAAGAUUCAUCUUCAAAGCAAGGAGACUCAAUCAAAACUGGAAGUCUUAUUAGGUUGCAACAUAUGAAAACUAGGAAGUGGCUGCACAGCCACUUGCAUGCCUCACCAAUAUCAGGGAAUAUGGAGGUUAGUGUUCAUGAGUUUGCUUAGCGACCUUCUCCCUACAUCAAAUAUUUGAAUUAUCUAUCCUUGGGUCUGCUUAUCUGGCUCUUCAACUGAGAGUAUUAUUUCUUUUACUAUUCUAUUUCGUUGUGCUGAACUCCACCAUUCUGGUAUUAUAAUGUGACCUUCACUGUUACUCAAAAAUGUUUUUGGCUAUAAAUUCCUGUAACCUGAUUGUUA